AUGUGUGGUAUACUAGGUAUUGUUUUAGCAAAUCAAAAGAUUAAUGUUGCUCCUGAAUUAUUCGAAGGAGCCAUGUUCUUACAACAUCGUGGUCAAGAUGCCGCUGGUAUCGCCACUUGUGGUCCCAAGGGGAGAUUAUACCAAUGCAAAGGUAACGGUAUGGCCCGCGAUGUUUUUACUCAACAGAGGAUGUUGAAUCUCGUUGGUAAUAUGGGCAUUUGCCACUUGCGUUAUCCAACUGCUGGGUCAAGUGCAGGUUCAGAAGCCCAACCGUUUUAUGUUAAUAGUCCCUACGGUAUUUCGUUGAGUCAUAAUGGUAACUUGGUCAACUCAAUAGAGUUGAGGAAGCAUUUGGAUGAAGUUGUUCAUCGUCAUAUUAAUACUGACUCAGAUUCGGAGUUAUUGUUGAAUAUUUUCGCCUCAGAAAUGGACAAGUUUAAUAAAAGUAGAGUUAACAAUGCUGAUGUUUUCACAGCGUUAUCUGAAACCAUGGAAAGAAUCAGAGGUGCUUAUGCGUGUGUUGCCAUGUUGGCUGGGUAUGGUCUUAUUGGAUUCAGAGACCCUAAUGGAAUUAGACCCUUGUUGAUUGGUGAAAGAGUAAAUGAUGAUGGUUCAAAGGACUUCAUGUUGGCUUCGGAAAGUGUGGUUUUGAAAUCACUUGGCUUCAAGAAAUUCCGUGAUGUACAUCCAGGUGAAGCGGUAAUUAUUCAAAAGAAUGGUGAUCCUGAAUUCAAACAAGUUGCUGAACCAAAAAUCUUUGCCCCUGAUAUUUUCGAGUAUGUAUAUUUUGCUAGACCUGAUUCUGUAUUGGAUGGGGUGUCAGUAUACCGGUCUAGGAUCGAGAUGGGUAUCAAAUUGGCUAGCAAGAUUAAACGUGUUAUGGAUGAAAAUGAUAUUGAUGUUGUUAUAUCUGUUCCAGAUACUGCAAGGACCAGUGCUUUCCAAUGUGCAGUCAGUUUAGGUAAACCUUAUCGCGAAGGGUUUGUCAAGAACAGGUAUAUUGGAAGAACUUUUAUCAUGCCCAAUCAACAAGAACGAAGAUCAUCAGUGAGACGGAAGUUGAAUGCCAUGGAUUCGGAAUUUGAAAACAAGAAUGUCCUCAUUGUUGAUGAUUCGAUCGUAAGAGGUACAACUUCAAAGGAGAUUGUUUUGAUGGCAAGGGAAGCUGGUGCUAAAAAAGUAUACUUUGCAUCAUGUGCCCCACCAAUCAGAUACAAUCACAUUUAUGGUAUUGAUUUAGCUGACACUAAAGCUCUUGUUGGAUUUAACCGUACUGAAGAAGAGAUUUCUCAAGUGAUUGGUGCCGACAAGGUGAUUUAUCAAGAUUUGCAUGAUUUGAUUGAUUGUUGUAAAACCGACAAUAUUAAAGAAUUCGAAGUUGGGGUUUUCACGGGUGCAUACAUUACUGGAGUUGAAGACAAUUAUUUACAAGAGUUGGAGAAAAUAAGAGCCCAGAAUCAACGAUUGACUGAAUUACAAAAUGGUACUGCAUUGAAUGGUUUUAGUGUUGAUGCAUGUAUUGAUCAAGGAGAUAUGGUUGAUGUGAAAGCUGAAGUUGAUAUAAGUAUCUACAAUCGUGGUGAUUAUUAA